AUAUCCUGGGUUGAACUCUGAAGCUGCUGCUUGCUUUUGUUAUAUUGUUGCUGAUUUGUUUAUAAGAAACAAAAUAACAGUUCGAGUUGUGUUUAAAAAAAAAAAAAAAAGAAAAGAAAGAAACAGGAGUCUGCAAAAAUGAAAUGGAUGUUUAAAGAAGACCAUUCUCUUGAACACCGAUGUGUCGAGUCGGCAAAAAUCAGAGCCAAAUACCCAGACAGGGUUCCGGUGAUUGUGGAGAAAGUGUCCGGCUCGCAGAUCGUCGAUAUUGACAAGCGAAAGUAUCUGGUGCCAUCCGACAUCACGGUAGCUCAGUUCAUGUGGAUCAUCAGAAAACGCAUCCAGCUGCCCUCAGAAAAAGCGAUUUUCCUGUUUAUAGACAAAACUGUUCCUCAGUCCAGCUUGACAAUGGGACAACUGUACGAAAAAGAGAAAGAUGAAGAUGGAUUUCUGUAUGUGGCUUACAGCGGAGAAAACACAUUUGGCUUUUAAACGUUUAAGCUAGCUAGUGACCACUGCUAACCCUCUCGUCACUCUCUUGCUGACAAGCUUGAUUGUACUAAAGAGAUAUACUGGUGUUUUGAGCACUAUAUUAAUCAUAUUAUGGAUGCAUUUGUAACUCUGAUCCUAUCCCUUAUUGUAUUUAAGCUGUAUACAUUAGAUUGUAAAAUUUAUAUUUAAUUUUUUUUUUUUUCCUGUUCUGGCUGUGAAUUUUUCUGGUAGCUGUAUUUUGUCUGAAUUGCUUGCUGGUUUUUUUUUUUUGAGUUAUUUCAUUUGAAAAUAUAUUUUAAGUAAGUUUAAAUAUUUCAAAUGGUAAGGUAGCUGGAUGACCUAACCAAUAAAAAAUAAAUAAAUAAACCUUGUUUUACUGAAUUGCUUAUUUGGUUUUAAAAUGUGAGUCAUGAAGGGUGUAGAGUUAAUGUUUAAAGUCAACUCAUGUUUAAAGCUUUUGCAGCCAAUUUUAAUUAAUAUAAACAGAUGUCCCUUAACUCUCUUAAUUCUGCUGCCCUUUUCUCCCGGGGGUGAUAUGUUAACCCCCUUAUUAAAUUAACUAAAUAUACUUGAACAAUACAUUGCUACUUAAAAAGUUUGGGUGGCAAUGAGCUAUACCAUAUUAAAAGUUGUUUGCAUGCUGUAGAACAUACUAGCUAUGCCAAAUCUAUUAGGGUACCUUUGCUAUUCUUAUGAAGUAGACUACAAUAUAUUAUAUGUUAAUUUUAGUGAAUUUAAAUUUAGGAGCUCCUAUCUUAAUGAUUGAAUUGUAUUUUAGAGUUGCAGGCACGUUCAGUUCAUUAUCACCAUUUUUGAUCUCUUCUGAAGAGUAAAAAUCUUCAUCAGAUUUGAAAUAGUGCUGCAAAUGUGCUAAUAGAGUGCUGUAAAGCAGGAUUACAAUUUUUAAAUUUUAUUUACCUCCAUGUGAUAUUUGAUUGUUUAUUUAAAUAUUAGUUCUUUUAGGGAUAGCUAAAACAAAAAAUAGCAUAUUGUUUGGAUAUUAUAUUUGUACACCUUACACAAUUCGUUACCAAACCAAUCUUGUUUCAUAUUGUUGCUGCACUCCGAUACAUAUAACAUGUGUUAAUAGUGCUGUUGCAUUGCAUGAAGGUCUGCAUUGGAAAAUGUAGUUUUUGUACAGCCCUCUGUCCAAAUAUUGUAAUAAAAAAAGUAUAUUUCACAGUCAA